CAGCUGUUCUGAGCGAGCGCACGUUUUCUUAAGUUUACAAAAAUCUCGAAACAGUGUGCCUUUUGCCAAUAAACAAAUGCGAGAGAAUGGUGGAUAACAUAACGCUGAAUGUGAACGUUGAGCCGCCCACCAAGGCGGCCAAAAAAACUCAACAGAGCCAAAAGGGAACCUUGCCCGCGGCAAAGAAGCGUGUCUCCGACAUGCAGGAUUUGGGGUUUAAAUUUGAUGUGGGCAAGCCGAAGGUCAAGGCGACUGUUGUGCGGCGCAAGGCGACAUUGACGAGAUCGGUUUUAAAGCCAAAUUCGACUCCUCUAGGUGAUCCCUCCGAGAAAACUAAGUUAAAGCCAACAAAAGCCACUCCUUUGAAGGACAACUCCAAGCUACAUGCGACUCCAACAGCGUCGAGUGUUGUGCCAACAAAGGACAGUUCUUCGACGGGCGACUCCAUGCCAACAAAAGACAGUUCUUCGACGGGCGACAUUAUCCUAAACGUGACCAUAGGUAGCUCGAUAACGCCCCCGAAACCAAAACUAAAACCCCUGACAAGGGCCGAGAGAUUGAGCAAAAAACGAGAAAAGAAGCCCCUGGUCAAGCUCACCGAUGAGCAGCUCAAGCAGGCAUUGGGAGGCUCCAGAGGAGCCGUUAAGAAUCCCAAUCAACUGCCACGGCCUGGCGAUAUUUUCCGCGCCCAAAUGGAGGAGGAGAGGCGAAAGAAAUUAAUAGCUGACGGCAUUUUAGUGGAAGAAACACAAUCCGAAUCACCGAAAUCCCAGGAAUCCCAGGCAAAGGACCCCAAAAAUAAGGAGGAAACAUCGUCCAUUAAUCGUUUUCGCACCAAGAAGAUUGGCCUGUUCGAUCAGAGCGAUGUGGAAGCCCUCAAACAACUGGGACAAAGGGCCGUCAAGCCGGUGAAGGAGACCAUAUUCUCGGGUUCGAAAAUAGAGACCUUGGGCCUGCAUCCGCACGCUGUAAAGAAUCUAGAGGAUUUGCUCAGCAUCAAGGUACUGACCACGGUCCAGGAGAGGGCCAUACCCCAUGUGCUGGCGGGCAAGGACGUUCUAGUGCGAUCCCAAACCGGUUCCGGCAAGACCCUGGCCUACGCCCUGCCCCUGGUCGAGAUGCUGCAGAAGAAGAGUCCCAAGGUCCAGAGGAAGGACGGCGUACUGGCUCUGGUGAUUGUGCCCACCCGGGAGCUGGUCAUUCAGACCUACGAGCUCGUCCAGAAGCUGGUGAAGCCCUACACGUGGAUAGUGCCGGGCUCUCUGCUGGGCGGCGAGAGCCGCAAGAGCGAGAAGGCGAGACUGAGGAAGGGCCUUAACAUCCUCAUUGGCACACCGGGUCGCCUGGUGGAUCACCUGCUGCACACGGCCAACUUUAAGCUGACAAAGCUUCAGUUCCUCAUUCUGGACGAGGCCGAUCGCCUGCUGGAGCUCGGCUACGAGCGGGAUGUCAAGCAGCUGGUGGAGGCCAUCGACAAGCAGCGCGCCGAGGAGAAGGACGUGCCCCAGCUGCAACGAAUGCUGCUAAGCGCCACGCUCACCUCCCAGGUCCAGGAGCUGGCCGGCCUCACCCUGCGGAAUCCCCUCUACAUUGACAACAGCGAUGAGGCGGCCAGUGCCGCUCUAAAGUCCAGGGAGGGCUACCAAAAGGAGUCCAUAGAGGCCCAACUGGAGGCGGAGGAUGACGGCCUGGGCGAGUAUCAGGAGGAUGUCACCGGUGUGCUGAGCAUACCCGAGAACCUUCAACUCAGCUAUGUGGUGGUGCCGCCCAAGUUGCGCCUAGUGGCCCUCUCCUCGCUGCUGGCCAAGGAAAAGGACGCCAGUCCGAAGCACUUCAAGGCCAUUGUGUUUAUGAGCACCACGGAGAUGGUGAACUUCCACCACGACAUGCUGAACGAGGCUCUGACCAGAAGGGUGCUCGACGAGGAGGAUGAGGAGCAAGAGGCCUCGGACGACGGUGGCGACACGCCUCUGUUGGAGGGACUGCGCUUCUUCAAAUUACACGGUUCCAUGACGCAGACGGAGCGGCAGGGCGUCUUUCGUGGCUUCCAGUCCUGCGACACCUGCGUUCUCCUGGCCACCGAUGUUGUGGGUCGAGGGAUUGACGUGCCGGACAUUAAGCUGGUGGUGCAGUACACUCCGCCGCAGACCACAGCGGAUUUUGUGCAUCGCGUGGGUCGCACGGCUCGAGCCGGACGCAAGGGUCGGGCGGUGCUCUUCCUGGCGCCAAGCGAGGCGCAGUAUGUGAGGCAUCUGGAGAAGAAGCGCAUACGCAUCCAGCAGGGCGACAUGUAUGCCUACCUGCAGACGCUGUUGCCCAAGGACGAGGAGGCGAGGACAGUGCAGGAGGCGGCCUCCAAUCUGCAGCACAAGUUUCAGUCGCUGCUCGAGGAUGAUAAGGAGUUGCACGACAAGUCCUGCAAAGCCUUUGUGUCCUGGAUGAAGUUCUACUCGACAUUUCCCAAGGAGCUGAAGCCCGUCUUUAACGUUCGCAUCGCCCACAUGGGCCAUUUUGCCAAGAGCUUUGCUUUGAAGGAGGCGCCCAGCAAGUUUGCCGCCAAGCAUGCCGCGCCCAAGGCGGCCCCGCCCACCAACCGGCUGACCUACACGGAGCGGGAUCCCGAGAAGGUACAGGCCCAGAAGCGGGCCAAGCGACGCAUGUUUACGACCAAGGUCGGCGAAGAUGGACGCCAGAUGCAGCAACAGCCGCGAGAGGAGUCAGGAAGAGCUCCCAACUCCGUGGGCGGACGGAGCAGCUUCUUGAAGAGCCUGAGCAAGUCCAGGGCCCUGCAUACAUCCGAGUUCGAUAGCGGAUUGCCGCCAGUGGGACCGGCCAAGCGACGUAAGAUGGGGUAGGAGAAGGAGUCCAAGGAGGAGGAGGAGGAGCAGGAGAACUGUCCGGAUGGAAUGGCGCUUUAUGCGCGCCAUUUUGCCCAAGCCUGCUCAAGCGUUUAAUCGAAAAGAAAAUUGCCCCGUAUAUAUAUAUACGUAUAAGUUGAUGUAUAUAUAGGCGCGGAGAUUCAAGUAAAAAAAUGGCAAAAGAAAACCCAAGGAUAAGCGCAUCAUAAAAGUUUCAUUUUUCUCAACUUUUAAGCCCGGACGUCCUGCGGGAGGAGCAGCUGCCUCCCGCCUGCCAGCAUAUUUUAAGCUAAACUUUGCUUCCUUUUUUUUUCUCUUAUACAUAUACUUUUGAUUUUUCUCUUUUUGUUGUAAUAAUUUUGUAGGGGAAAAUAUUAGAAAUCCAUUUUCCGCUCACUGCAGAUUCAUUCAGUUUUGAAAAUGUCAGGGAUGAUGGUUUUCCAUCGGCACGUGUUGCCCUGCCCGAUGGCUGUGUCGCUGUUUGCCUUUUUAUGCAACUGAAGCGCAUAAUUUGUUGGACA